UUCCACUCAUCAUCACUUCAUCGAUCCUACAGUUUGGUUUAACAUUUACCCUCAACCACGACAUAAUUUGAACAGAACAGAGAAGAAACUGCUGACGAACAGGAUCUUGCAAAUAUGGAGUCCGAACAGGAGAUGAUGACCAGGAUCAGUAAACUGGCAGGUCAGAUAAAUCGCCACAAGAACCAACAGCCAGCGAGCACAUCGGCGUCAAACUUCCAGGCACAACCUGGAGCGCCCUAUCCUACUCCAAACUAUAAUGCCCACUCGAGUCAAGGCCGACCACCUUCGCGUGGAGGUUACAGCAGAGGCAGAGGAUAUUAUCGAGGAGGCAAACCUAACACCAUCCACCGAAACAGAACACUGGUCCUGAACAACGCAAACACGGGAUCCAAGGCGGACGGCGCCCAGGAUGACAGUUCUGGGGCUACAGCAACAGCACCGGCAUGGGUCACGAAAACAGAUCGGCACAUGCAGCUGAUCAACCCUGCGAUAUACGAAAAGCAAAGCCAAGAUCGUGCCCGCGCUAUAGAGGAGACGCGCAAGCUGAGACUGAAGCAGCGAGACGACAGGGAGAAGUACAAGCUGAGCAAACACCUGGAGCGACUGAGCGGCAACAUGGGGCCCCACGGCGUAAAUCAGCGCGCACCCCAAGCCUUACCGAACUACGAAAUCACAGUCGAGGGCAUCCGCUUCCGCGUCAUGAAGGAUGGCAGCAAACUGGCCAAGGUUCCUGGCGACGAGAACGCCGCGAAACUGACCCCGAAGUCGGCGACCGUCGGAGGCGUCCGCUUCUACCGCAGCAAGAACGGAAAUCUUUACCGCUCUGGCAUACUCAAGGCGCAACGGCAACCCGCAGCCAUCAAGAAGAUAGACGAGCCGUGCAGGCUCUUCUCUACGACCGGUAUCUGUCCCAAGGGCCCACGCUGCCGCUACACUCACGACCCGGCCAAAGUCGCUAUCUGCAAGGACUUCCUGCAGACGGGCACCUGCGCCGCAGGCGAUUCCUGCGACCUCUCGCACGAGGCGACGCCCUCGCGGACACCCGCCUGCCUGCACUUCGCGCGGGGCAACUGCGCCAACGAAAGCUGUCGGUACGCGCACGUGCGGGUAUCGGCAUCGGCGCCGGUGUGUCGCGCGUUUGCUGUGUACGGGUACUGCGAGCGGGGCGCGGAGUGCGACGAGCGACAUGUAGUGGAGUGUCCUGAGUUUAGCAGGACGGGAGAGUGCAAGACGAAGGGAUGUAAGCUGCCGCAUCGGCUGAAGGCGAGUAUGCUGCGCAAGAACGCGGCGAUGGAGGGGGAGGAGGGCAGCGAUCUGGAGAGCGAGGAGGAGGAGGGCGAGGAGAUUGGGAGUGACGAUGUGGAUUCUGAUGAUCUGGAGGUGCUGGGGCUGGAGGGGGAGGGGGAUGCAGAGAUGCUCGAGAAGGAUUACGUGCAGCUGUGAUGACUGCUCAUUCAGCUCGUCAUGGGCAACUUUGGCAUGCUAAUAUCUAGGUCUACGCGCCCGUUUACUGGACACUCCCACCUCGUCUGGAAGAGAAGUAUCCCGCUAUUUUCCUCUUUUCUCCGCCCCCAUCAUUGGCAAUCUGUCUACUCUAGAUACCCUGCCUCGCCUUAGCAUUUCCUUGCUUUGCUUGCUUGAUUGCGUGUUGCUCGGUGGUGUGGUCAGCGGGUGUUUGGAUUCCGAACCUCGCUUGGGAGCCCAAGGAGGAAGUUUUGGACGGGGGGUUGGGGGAUGGGUGGAUGAUUGAUGGAUGCGAGAUGAUAGAUACCCCACUCCCUCACUUUGAGGCGGGGAGUUUUAUGAUCUACGUUUUUCGUUUGGCGACCCUUUUUCUUUUGUUUGGCGUGCGCAAGGGAGCAGGCAAGGGGGCAGGCAAGGAAGUGAAAAAAGAAGAAGAAGAAAAGAAAAAGAAAAAGCAGAAAGAAUAGCACACUCUCAAGAGAAGAAACUAUAGGAGAGAAGAUACAAUAAUAAAACUACAAAUUAUCUGAGAAAAUCCAAGCCCAC